AUGGAUUCCCUGGUCAAGACUUCCAAAUUCGCUACCCAGAGAGUGUGGGCGAACUCUGGAGAGCUUAAAUUAUCAUUUCCAAUCCUUCUGUUGUCGAUCGGUGUGGUGUGGCUUGUGGGAUGCCUCUUUCUGGCCAUCUACCGCCUGUAUCUCAGCCCGCUAGCCCAAUUUCCCGGUCCUAAGCUCGCGGCCUUGACACAAUGGUACGAGGUAUACUUCGAUAUGGUUAAAAACGGUGGCGGCCAGUUUCCUUUCGAGAUCAAGAGAAUGCACGACAUCUACGGCCCUAUAGUGAGAGUCAACCCUUUCGAACUUCACGUCGAUGAUGCCGACUUCUACGAUGUCAUCUACGCAACGAACAAGGCAUACGACAAGAUGGAGCACUUUCAGUACCGUUUCAACGUCCCUACAGCCACUUUCAGCACUUCCAAAUCAGAUGAACACCGUAUUCGCCGCGCAGCCAUCAGUCCGUUCUUCGCCAAGUCGAGAUUGCGCGGGCGGAAUGCGCAGAUUCAGGAAUUGGCUGACACCAUCUGCGACCGACUACGAGACGAGUGGGCUGGUAAAGACAAGGUACUCGACAUCGCUGACAUGUGGAGCUGCUACACAGCGGAUGCGAUCAUGGACAUUGUCUUUGCGAGGCCUAAGAACUUUUGCCGUUACCCCGACUUCAAGUCUCCAUUCACCCUGGCUAUCCGUAACAUGUCGGAGUACGCACACAUCACGCUUCAUUUCGGCUGGAUCCUUUCCCUGAUGAAUCUGUUCCCGAACAAGCUCGCCAAGGCUCUGUUUCCUCCCUUCAAACCCAUCAUCGAAUUUACAGAGGAAAUGUCUGAGCAGGUAACAGAAAUCAUGCAGGGUCGAAACUCAGAAGCAAAGGAAUCAUCCCAACCCACAGUUUUUCAUGACCUACUAUCUUCCGACCUCCCGCCUCAUGAACUACGGCCCGCCCGUCUCAUUGACGAAGCCGUCGGCUUGGUUGGGGCUGGUACCGAGACUACGUCGUGGAGCUUGACUAUCGGGACAUUCCACAUACUUGACAAUCCCAGCGUGCUCAAGACUCUCAAGACCGAAUUAGAGGAGGCUAUGCCCGAUCCUAACGUUCCAAUGACGUGGGGAGCGCUGGAAGGAUUACCUUACCUAAAUGCCGUGGUCAAGGAAACCCUGCGGAUAGCGUUUGGGGGCGUGGAACGUCUGCCCCGAGUUAAUCGGAGCGGCGUGUGGAAGUACCGUGAAUGGACCAUUCCAGUAGGGACACCGGUAGGCAUGGAUCAAUACCAUAUGCACAUGAACGAGGAUGCAUUUCCAGAACCGUAUACAUUCCGGCCCGAACGAUGGCUUGGAAACCCACUGGGCCCUGGCGGCAACAAACCACUUACUCACCACCUCACAACAUUUGCUCGGGGCACACGAAUGUGUACCGGACUCAACCUUGCGUAUGCAGAGAUCUUCAUCGGUAUUGCAACGCUCUUCCGCCGACACGAUCUGGAGCUGUUCGAGACGACUAGACGAGAUGUUGAUUUCUUCCGCGAGCAGCUGAAGGCUUCGCCAUGGCCGGGUAGUAAAGGAGUCAGGGUCCUCGUGAAAUAG